AUGUCUUACGCCUGCAACUCCGGAAACUUCUCCUCCCAGUCCGCUGGCGCUUACCUGAGAUGCCCAGGGUCCAACUGUAACUCCUUCUACCCCAGCAAUAUAAUCUACGCCCAGAGACCCCAGCAGCUGGGCUCCUCCUUCUUUGGUGGCCAACAAGAGAGCUUCUCCGACCCCACUGACUUCGAGACCUCAGGGGUGGACGCCACCUCCUGCUUCCGCCCCAAGAACUUCAUCUUCUCCAGGCCCUGCCAUACACCUUACGCUGGAUCUUUCGGAUGCGGCAACUCUGGCUUUGGAUCUUCUGGAUAUUGCAACUCCGGCUUUGGAUCUUUUGGCUAUGGAAACGCUGGAUUCCAGUCUCUUGGAUGUGGUUCCAGCUACUCCCGCCCCACAUUCUUCUCUUCGAAGAGCUACCAGUCGUCUUACUACCAGCCAACCUGUGGCUCUCGCUUUUUCGGAUCAACUUACUAG